CCAGUCCUGGGCAGGGCCAGUGGCCCCCAGGCGGCUCCUGCACUGCCGGUCUCCCUUCUCAGACCAGUGGUAUCCACCCCCAGGUUUGAGCCCGGGAAGAAAUCUGGGUCCCCCAGGGUGAGGGGGAUCCCAGUGAGUCUGUUUCUCUCCUUCCUCAGUGGAGGGAGUGAGCAGGUUUUGUUCCCAUCCCGCUGGACAGCCCAGGAUGUGGCUGCCCCCAGAGUGAAGUCCUCGCUCCCACUCCGGGGCAGGGGGCUCCAGGGCCUGGCAGGCGCAGGCAUGCCUGUGCUAUCCGAGGACUCGGGCCUGCACGAAACCCUGGCACUGCUCACCUCCCAGCUGAGCCCAGACUCGAGCCGUGGGGAGGAGGCGGGCUUCCUGCGGGACGUGUUCAGCGAGCGCAGCCUCAGCUACCUGAUGAAGAUUCACGAGAAGCUGCGCUGUUAUGAGCGGCAGAGCCCCAGCCCGGUCCUGCACAGUGCCGUGGCCCUGGCUGAGGACGUAGCAGAGGAGCUGCAGGCGGCCUCCGCGCGUGGCGACGAGAGGGAGCUGCUGCAGCUGCUGGCCACACCCCACCUCAGGGCCGUGCUUCUGGUGCACGACACGGUGGCCCAGAAGAACUUCGACCCUGUGUUGCCCCCUCUUCCCGAUGGCGUUGCCGAGGACUUCGAGGAGGAGUCGGUGAAGAUCGUGCGGCUGGUGAAGAACAAGGAGCCCCUGGGAGCCACCAUCCGGCGGGAUGAGCACACAGGCGCUGUCGUGGUGGCCAGGAUAAUGCGUGGGGGUGCAGCCGACCGCAGCGGCCUAGUCCACGUGGGGGACGAGCUGCGCGAAGUGAAUGGUGUCGCUGUCCUUCACAAGCGACCAGAAGAGAUCAGCCAGAUCCUGGCUCAGGCCCAGGGCUCCAUCACCCUCAAGAUCAUCCCGGCCACCCAGGAGGGGGACCCCUUCAAGGAGAGCAAGGUGUUCAUGCGGGCGCUGUUCCACUACGACCCCCGCGAGGACCGCGCCAUCCCCUGCCAGGAGGCAGGGCUGCCAUUCCGGCGACGGCAGGUCCUGGAGGUGGUGAGCCAGGACGACCCCACCUGGUGGCAGGCCAAGCGCGUGGGCGACACCAACCUGCGGGCCGGCCUCAUCCCCUCCAAGCAGUUCCAGGAGAGACGACUGAGCCACCGGAGAGCUGCGGGCACCCUGCCAAGCCCCCCAAGCCUCAGGAAGCCGCCCUACGAUCAGCCUUGUGACUCAGAGAUGUGCGACUGUGAUGGGCACCUGAAAGGCCACUAUGUGGCUGGUCUGCGGAGGAGCUUUCGGCUGGGCUGCCGUGAGAGGCCAGGUGGCCCACAGGACGGCAAGCUGCCCAUGAGCUCAGAUGCCCCAGAGCUGCCCACCUAUGAGGAGGUGGUCCGGUACCAGCCCCAGCCUGGCGAACGGCCCCGCCUCGCGGUUCUGAUCGGGUCUCUGGGCGCCCGGCUGCAGGAGCUGAAGCAGAAGGUGGUGGCCGAGAACCCACAGCACUUCGGUGUUGCUGUACCACACACCACCAGGCCGCGGCGGGGCCACGAGAAGGAGGGCGUGGAGUACCACUUCGUCUCCAGGCAGGCCUUUGAGGCUGACCUCCAGCACCACAGGUUUCUGGAGCACGGCGAGUACAAUGACCACCUGUACGGGACCAGCCUGGGGGCCGUGCGUGCUGUCGUGGCCAAGAACAAAGUCUGUGUGGUGGACGUGGAGCCGGAAGCCCUGAAACAGCUGAGGACCUCGGAGUUCAAGCCCUAUGUUAUAUUCGUGAAGCCUGCGGUGCAGAAGAGGAGGACGCCGCCCCUGUCCCCAGACUGUGAGGACGCCUCAGGCCUGCCGGACGAGGAGCAGCAGGACGUGGCUGCCUCUGCCGCCUAUGUGGAACAGGAGUACGGGCACCUGGUGGACGCUGUGCUGGUGCGGGAGGACCUACAGGGUGCCUGCCUGCAGCUCCGGGCACUGCUGGAGAGGCUGGGCACGGAUGCCCAGUGGGUGCCCGCCGGCUGGGUCAGGUGACUCCGAGCUGGCACCCAGGACCUAGAGGGCAGCCUGCCUCCGUUUACCACCAGGGCCGUGGCCAGAAAGCAGCAGAGCCCUGCGGACUCCCUCGGGAAGGGGCAGGGUUUGUGGAGGGGCGUGUCACAGGCCCACUCACUCAUUAAAGCCCCAGCAGCUGCCAAGUCGGCAGGAAGCCUGUGUGGGCCUUGGGCUCCAUCGGCACCAGUGCCGCCUGCACCUGCCGCUGCCUCACUCUGCUCUGAACAGACACGCAUUACCCAGUUACCCAGCCCUUGGCUUCCAGCACCAAAACACUCACUUAACUUGUUGUCACACUGCUGCCUGGUCCCGGGAGAGCUGGUCUGGUGCCAUUUUCCACAACGAGCACCACAAACAUUGUGUGGAAGACAGAGGCCCCGGAGCUGUGAAUCGCCAGCCUCUUCUCUCCCCAGGGACCGGGGCUGCUGUCCCUGCCCCCAUCUGAGGCCUCACCCUAUCCGCCGUGCCCAGUCCUGUCGUCAACCCAUCGUGGGUCCCUCCUGUCCACGAGCUGCGAUGCUGGGGCUCCUGGUGCUGGGUGACUCCCAGGGAGCCGUGCUGAGCCCCUCUGUGCCCCAGCCUGGAGCACACAGUGACAGCACACGGGCUGAGAUGCAGCUGCCUCUGCCACCCUGUGCAUGCCUGUCCUGUCCAGCGCAGCGCCUCUGCCCCAACCCUCACAGAUGCAGUGGGCCAGGAGUCUCCUGUCCCCGCGCAGUCGAGAUGGGAGGCUGAGGAGACAUAAAUGAUGCGCUGAGCUCAUGCUGCAUGGAUUUGAGCCUGAAUCUCCCAGACCCGGGGCCAUCCUUCCUGCCCACUGUCUAGUACCCGCAGUCUCUGUGCACCCCGACUGGCCUUGACCUAGUGGCGAUCCUCCUGCCUCAGCCUCUUGAGUGCUGGGAUGACAGGCGUGCAUCGUCACACCCGGCUCAACACUCAUUCCUGUUGGUCCCAUAAUUGAAGCCCCCCAUGAAAUCACUGGCAUGCAAGUCACUGUCGUGGCAACAGUGCCACAGUAUACAGUGCCGCACAGAGGGCCAGGUCCCAAGCCAGGCGUCUCCCCCACCUUCCUGCUAGCUGCUCUUGGGAUGGUGGAUGGCUUGCUCGACCUGAGGUCCUGGAGGGCGACUGGAGGACCGGCAGGGCGUGGGGCCCGAGCUCCCCCCGGUGACGGCCAGUGACGCCCCAGGGCCUCACGGUUGUGAUGGUGCCAUGAGAGGUGCUGCCUGGCAUUUCGUGGGCUGCACACUUCCCACGUGGGUGCCACUUGGCUGGGUGUGAAGAGGCGCAGGUUGUGUCCUGGGGCAGCUGCCCUCUGCCUGCCGCUGGGUCAGGGAGGGAGGGACAGAGGUCACCAGGGAGGUUCAGUUUUGCUGUUAGAAAGCAGAAAAUUCCAAUGCUUGUGACUCUACGCUGGCAGAUUGUGCCCAGCUGCACGUGUGUGUGAAACCAGGUCUGUGCAUGAGCUGGCGACCGCUCUGAGAUGGGCGCCACUGCCCUUGCGCCUCUGCCGCAACCCAGGACACCGCAGCCCAGGGUUUCUGCACCCACCUCCCUGGGGCACGGCCUGGCCGCAGCCGCGCCCUCACUGCCAGCUGUGUGGCGGGCGUGCUCAGCGAGCUUCGACUGCCGUUCCUCACAGAGCUAGGGCUGCUCACUGUGCUUGGGAAAUGUGAAUGUUCCGACGUUCAGACAUUUAUUAAGACAUCGCCCGAUCUCCGUGCACAUGCCCUUCCUCGCCUCUGACACACGCGCCCCGUCGUUCCGGCCCUGGCAGUGGCGGCUCCGGAGUCCUCUUUCCCAGGGGUCUUCAGUUGCAUCCUCAUGGCUGCCUCCCUGUCCUGAAUUGACUCAAAAGGACUCCCUCUCCCAGUCAUCUUGACGUGGAGGAAGAGCCAGGCGUGCACGGCGCCAGGCCCAGCGAACAAGGUGACGAGGACACAGAGUCGUCUUUCUGAGCCCGCCUGUCCUUUGAAUGGCAGCAGUCGCUGUAUUUUUUAUCACGUCUCAUAAAGACCCCCCAGGAAAGAGAACUCCAGAGCUGCUUCAGUCAGAAAGGGAUCAGAGCAAUGGGGUGGGCUGUGGGGGAUCUCCGAGGGGGACUUAUGCAGCGUGUCUUCUACUGUAAUCAUCUUGUAAAACUCUAACCAUCCUGCCAGUGUGGUGGCGCACACCUGUACUAGCACUCGGGAGGCCGAGGCAGGAGAAUCACUGCGAGUUCAAGGUCAGCCCGGGCUGUAUCGCAAGACCGUGUCCAAAAACCAAAUGCAGGCGUCCACCCUGCAGUUUGCUCACCCUGGUGCUUCAGUUGUGCGUCUGCUUAUUUAGUGUCACGGAGUCUGCGCUGCCAGUCUGUGUCCUGUACCCCAGCGACAGCAUCCCAGACGCAGUCACCAGCUGCAGACAUUGGUGGACACGGAAAGUCUGUUUGUUAAAUGAUCUGGUCCACUUGUGUUUUCCUUCCUCCCCUCCCAAUGUGCUCCUGGCCCUUGCUAAGUCAGCCUUUGGUUUCAGAGCACCGUGGUGUCAGCCGCUCUUUCCUCCUCCCUAAGCACAAGUAAGUGCUGGAGAUUAUGUGGCAGAGCCGGAGGGUGGGCUCGGGCAGCCGGUGGCAGCAAGGACCUCCAACUCAGAAGGGGCAAGUCCCUGCGUGGCCUGUCCACCCCAACCCGGCCAGACAGACCACCGAGCACAGCAGAAAAGGCAACAAACCAGGCAGGGGUCGUGCCCUCUGGCCCAGGGGCGAACCCCUCCUCCCCCGGGUGGCACAGAGGCUCUUUCUGGCCCAUGAGAGACAGCAGCAAGGGCCGGGCAGCAGCAACUGCCACAGCUCUUGGGCCCAGCAGCUCAGUACAGCACUGUGCAGGGCGGAUCUCAGAGACCCAGCAUCCACAACAGGACAGGAGAGUGCUGCCCGUACCUGAGAGCAGAGGCCCACAGGCCAAGGGAGGCCUUGGCCGGCAGUCACCCCACUACGGUUCAGCUGUGGCUCCUGAAACAUGGGAAAUAAGGACAGAGACACAAAAUAGGGGACAUGAACAAGACCCAAAUGGAAAUUAUGGAAAGACAGUAAGCAAAGUUUAAAAAGUGGAUGAACUCAGCAGUGUGCCUUGAGGAGCAAGUCAGUGCUGCAAGAUGGUGACAGGUGACCGCAUGGGCUGGGCCCGCGGGGUGGGGAGAGGGACCAGAAACCAUGCCAAGGAGGCUUGGCUGGAAACUCCCCAAACCCAGAGAAAACAUAAACCUGCAGACUGGGGCAGUCGCUCCGUCUCCAGGCGGUGCGGUCGAAGCCCAACACAUUGGAAUUAACUCUGGGAAGCUGAAGGUGAGGAGAAAAAUCUCAGGAGCUGGGAGAACUGCCAGGGAGGCAGAGCCUCAGCCUCAGGCAGCAGCUUGAGGUGUGCGAGGCCUGGAGUGGAGGAGGAGGCAAGGACGGGGGAGAAGCAGCAAAAUCGAGCAGCCAGAGCCCCCCACCGCACCCCGUCCCUGGCUGCAUUUCAGGGCUGAAGCCUGUGAUGUGGGUGGAAGUCACGCGUGCCUCUGUGGUGGUGACCACGCACCCUGGGGAGCCGGGCCACGGUCAGCACACAGCGGGAUUCUUGGCGCGUCUCCUCCCCUCCCUCUCCCCACCUGCACCCCCUUCCCAUUUACAGCAGCUCCGUCUCCCUAC